CUGCUUCAAAAUCCUUGAUCCGCCAUGAAACUGACCUGCUUGGCCUCUCCCGGCAGCGGCGGCGGUUACCAUGCACCAGCGAGCCACUUGCUGGAGCUGGAAGGGCUUCGCCUCCUGCUCGACUGCCCCGUCGAUCUCUCGUGCCUCGCUGCAUUUGCCCCGGUGCCCCUCGACGCGGGAUCCGGUGAUGCAGGGGACCUCAUCUGCGCAGUGCCGUACUACUGGUCACCAGCGGUGGCUGCAGCUGCCAAAGCAGGUGGCGUGGAUGCCGUGCUCGUGUCAUCUGCCACGGGGAUGCUUGGGCUACCCUUCCUCACCCGGCUCCCCAGCUUCGCGAACACAAAGGUUUAUGUUACAGAGGUAGCUUCAAAGAUUGGAAAGCUAAUGAUGGCGGAGCUGGUGGAGAUGCACUCUCAGUUUGUAAGCUUCUAUGGACCUGAUAUGGAUGGGAUACCCAAGUGGAUGGAAGGGGAGAAACAAAGUAAACUCAUGUCAAUGUUGCAGAAGAUAGGGAUUGAAGAUGAGCGGAAUGAUUUAUCUCCUCUAAUGCCUCUGUACAGUGCAGCAAACAUAGAAGAAUGCAUGCAGAAAAUCCAGCCUAUCAAAUACGGUCAGGAGGUUUGCUUCAAUGGCAUGUUGAUGCUGAAAGCCUCUAGUUCUGGCCUGGAGCUUGGCAAUUGUGCCUGGUCAUUAGAAGGUCCAAGAGCAAGUAUUACCUACUUGCCAAGCACAGUGUUUGUGUCAGCCCAUGCCUUAGAUUGUGACUAUAACUCGCUGAAGGAAAAUGAUGUUAUUUUGUUUUCGGAUUUCUCAUCCUUUAAUGUCAUGGAUGAGGAUGAUGAGAAUCUGGGUGAGAAUGCAAUGCUUUGUGAUGACUCAGUGUCAAGGGAUGAUGGUGUUGGUGAGGAUGAAAACGUCCAGACCCUGUGUAAGAAUGAUGACAUUGCAGAGGAGAUUGAGAGAAUCAGCUUCAUAUGUUCAUCUAUAAUAGAUGCGAUAAAAUCUGGAGGUUCUGUUUUAGUACCAAUAGAACGACUUGGUGUUAUUCUCUUAAUCUUGGAGCUUAUGUCAGAAACUCUACAUUCUUUCGACGUGAAGGUACCUAUAUUUAUCAUUUCUGGUGCAGCAGAAAAAAUGAUUGCCUUUACCAAUGCUGUGCCAGAAUGGCUAUGCAAGCCACGCCAAGAAAAGCUAUUCUCAGGAGAGGCAUUAUUUGGCCAUGUGGAGCUUUUGAAGGAAGGGAAGUUAUUUAUGUUCCCUCAUCUAUACUCAAAGGGCAUGCUGGCAGCAUGGAAGGAGCCUUGCAUUGUAUUUUGUCCAGACUUGAGCCUCAGGCAUGGCACAGUCGUCCAUUUGCUUCGUCGGUGGCAUGCAGAUAAACGAAAUCUUCUUAUUUUGGAACAAGGAGUUGAUAAUGAGUUAGCUCUUAAGCCUUUCAUGCCUGUCUCAAUCCAGAUCCUCGAGUGUUCUUUCCUUUCUGGAAUAAAGGCGUGGAAAGUUAAUCCAUUACUGACAGUUCUCAAACCGAAGCUUAUUCUGUUUCCUGAAGAAAUGAAGUUACGGUGCCCACUGAAGGAGGGCGCUCCAUGGCCAUGCCUGUAUUACUCCAAGGGCAAGACCAUCGAGGUCCCGAACACACGAGAAGAAUUCAAGGUGCGACUCGCAGCCAACGUGGCCCUUAGGUUGCAGCCUAGGCAGCUGGACGGGACUGUUGCUGUCGCUAGGUUGAGAGCAAAGCUCCAUCUCAGCAACGGACAGUAUAUGCUGGUUGCUCCCAAGGAUCAGUCUGAUGACCAAACGAAGCGGCCGUUGAUGCACUGGGGAGCUGUUGAUGCAGGCCAUGUUUUGUCGGCGUUGCGAGAGAAGGGGAUGUCAUGUGCUUUUUCUGUAGAUGAUGUUGGUUUGGUAGGUUCUGAGCGCUCUAUUUUGGUUACUAGUCCGGGAGAUGCUCUGGUGAAGAUAACGUCUGAAAAAACCGUUAUUUACUGCGAUGAUGAAGGAACAAGCAAGCAAAUUUAUGAUGCUCUCGGUAGCGUUUGUAAUGGAAUCUAAUUACGUGCUACUAUAUGAUUAUGAAAAGGAUAGAUGUGGAAUGUUAUGAUCUGGUUUUCGCAGAGAAAUUGAUGGGGAUUGGAAUGGUCUGUUGGAAAUGUAAGACCAACUAAGUUGAACAGUGAUAAUCCCUCAAACAAAAAGUUAGUUGGUCUGACGAAACACGCUUCU